CGCAACGGUUGUGUUGUAACGGAUCUAAAAACCCUUAAAAAAAUCGAACAAAAGCAGACCUUAUAAAUUAAGGAAUAUUAACAAGUGUGAUUAAAAGCGUCAGAGCUUGAGAAAGUCAUACAAAACAAAAAGAAACUUCCUUUGGGAGGAAAAUAUUUCUCUUAACAAAGUUGAAGAAAACGAAAAACCAAAAGUGUUAUUGCAAAAACAAAAGUUCCAUUUAAAAGUUAGCCAUUGUAGCUACAUAAUAUUCAUAUGUUGGUAAAGUCACAUUAACAUGACCGCAACAAACAGCUGAUGGGAGAGAAGCAGAGAAAAAAUCUAAAAGCAAAAAAUUCGUCCACACAAAGACCACAAACUACACUAAGAGGUAAAAAGUGUGAAAAACUUGAAAAAAAAAUAAAGUGAAUAACUUUUUCAAUCACAAAUUUCAAACAUAAUCGUGUGAAAUGUUACUGCAAUAAAAAACAUAAGAAAAAAAAUCUAACGCUUAUAACGGGAUUUUUAAAAAAUAUUAAUUACAAAUAUUGUUAAUUAAAGCUUACUCCAUAGCAGGAGUGCAGCUUAAUACAGUGUGCCAACAUCAAAAAGUCUGUAUUCAACUUACCAGGGAUUUGUUAUCCUGUUUUUUGCUUUGGAACCUUUGGAAGAAAAAAAUUUUUAAUGGGAUUUUGAGCAGCAAACAAAAAGUGUGGCGUUUUCAAAUUGCCUGCAAUAAUCUCAGUGUAAAUCAAAGUGAACAAGGAUUUAAUGGGAAAUCCUGCAGCAUAACUUCCAACAAAUAAAAGAAAAGAAAACAAGUGGAGAAUCAUUUAAAAAAAAAAAACAGGACAUUAAAAGCCCUGUUACAAAACCCACCCACCGUAAUAAAAAAUAUUUUAUGUAAGAACAAAAACAAUAUUUUGUUUGUACAAGUGUUGGAGUUCUUCGUAAUGGUAAUAAGCCAAUAAUACAGUUUUAUUUACCACAAAUAAAUAAAACUUUUUUUCAACAUAGACCCUUUAAAAGCCUGCAAUAAUAAUCCUGCUGCUUAACACUGUGAGCCAGCAUAUUUUGCGUUGAAAUAAUUUUUUCGCAAUUUAUAUGAAUCAGCGAUUGGCUGCUGCAACGAUUCGAUUUGUCUGACCAAAAAAAAAGUGUAACAAAAACCAUUUCAAAAAACCUUUCGGGAUAAACAAUCGACUAUCAAUAGCUCGACAACGACAACGAUAACUUUAAUCUCACCCCCACCCACAGACAUCAACAUAUUUUUGCUGUUUUAAACAACAUAUCGGUAACAUAGCGCCAACAUCACUUUGCACUGCAACUUUGCCAAAGGACACAACGCAUAGCACACCAGUAUACAUCAGCAAGUGAGCGUGUGUUUAUUGACCACACCAGAUCCGAAGGCUUGCUUCCCUACACGCACACUUCACUUGCAUUUGCACUGCAUAUUGCCCUGGUGUGGCAAGUGUUCUCAACAUGGGAUUAAUACGUUAUUUUCUCUACUGUCUGUUGGUGAUAAAUGGUCUGUUGCAUACAACACGGCUUAAAUCGAUGAUGUAUGUGCAUGCAUUGCCACCGGCACCUACCACAGCCAGCAGCAGCAGCAGCAGUAGCAGCAUUAGUGCCAUCAAUGGCCUCUUCACCACCGCCACCACCACCAGCACCACUACCGCCAGGACCAUCAUUUCCAGAUUGGCACCAGCCUCCACUUGUGGUGUUGAGCAAUUCCGUUGCGGCAAUGGCAAAUGUAUACCCAACAGAUGGCGCUGUGAUCAGGAGAAGGAUUGCUCUGAUGGUUCCGAUGAAGCCCCCGAACUUUGCAAUAGUAAAACAUGUUCGCCCGAACAAUUUACGUGUAGAACAGGCGAGGGUGAAUGUAUACCCUUGGCCUGGAUGUGUGAUCAGAGUAAAGAUUGUGCGGAUGGUUCCGAUGAGGCUUCAUGCAAUGAGACUUGCCGUUCGGAUGAAUUUACCUGCGGCAAUGGCCGUUGCAUACAGAAACGCUGGAUUUGUGACCACGAUGAUGAUUGCGGCGAUGGUUCCGAUGAAAAGAACUGUGCCAAGGAGCCAUGUGCACGACAUGAAUUCACCUGCACGAAUGGAGCCUGCAUACACAAGAAAUGGAAGUGCGAUGGCGAUCCAGAUUGUUAUGAUGGUUCUGAUGAAGUGGGUUGCGGCAAUGUUACCAGCACCAAAAUCCCUUGUCUCUCCAAUGAGUACCAAUGCAAGGAUCGCAUCACUUGCCUCCACUCCAGUUGGCUGUGUGAUGGUGAACGCGAUUGCCCCGAUGGUGAUGAUGAGGUGCGCAGCAAUUGCAAGAACAAGACAUGUCGCCCCGAUCAAUUCCAGUGCAGUGAUCACACUUGCAUAGCAGGACAAUUGACUUGCAAUGGUCAGUUUGAUUGUGCCGACAAAAGUGAUGAGUUGAACUGUGGCAUUCGCAAGCAAACCGUUUGUGAUACCAACACUCAUUUUGAUUGCGGUGGUGGUCAAUGUAUUCCUCUGGCCAAGGUGUGCGACCGGCACAAGGAUUGUCCCGCUGGCGAAGAUGAACAGUCCAAUAAGUGUGGUAUCAAUGAAUGUGCCACCAAUAAUGGCGGCUGCAUGCAUAAGUGUAUUGAUCAACCCAUUGGCUUUAAAUGUGAAUGUGAGAGUGGCUAUAAAUUAAUAAAUAAUAAAACCUGUGUGGAUAUCGAUGAAUGUGCCGAGAAUCCGGGUGCCUGCUCGCAAACGUGUAUUAAUGAGAUUGGCGGCUACAAAUGUGAAUGCGUGGAGGGCUAUAUGCGUGACCCACGCAAUCACACACGCUGUAAGGCCACCGAGGGUCAUGCAUCAUUGUUGCUGGCACGUCGUCAUGACAUACGAAAAAUCGCCUUGGAUCACAUGGAAAUGACAUCAAUUGUGAAUAAUACAAAAUCGGCGACAGCAUUGGAUUUUGUAUUUCGCACCGGCAUGAUCUUCUGGAGUGAUGUGACCACACAAAGCAUUUACAAGGCACCCAUUGAUGAGGGCAGCGAUAAAACAAUUGUUCUAAAGGAGCACACAGUAACCUCGGAUGGUCUGGCCGUUGAUUGGAUCUACAAUCACAUCUACUUCACCGAUACACACAAAUGCACCAUUGAGCUGACAAACUUUGAUGGCAACAUGGGCAAAGUGCUCAUCGAAGAUGAAUUGGAUAUACCACGCUCCAUAGCAUUGGAUCCCAUUGAAGGCUGGAUGUAUUGGUCUGACUGGGGUGCUUCGCCACGCAUUGAACGCGCCGGCAUGGAUGGCUCCCAUCGCACCACCAUCAUCAACUACGAUGUCAAAUGGCCAAAUGGCAUUACUUUGGAUUUGGUACGCAAACGCAUCUACUGGGUCGAUGGCAAACUGAACAUCAUUUCAUCGGCCAACUAUGAUGGCUCACAGCGACGUCAGAUUUUAUAUUCCACCGAAUAUUUGCGUCAUCCAUUCUCCAUUACCACAUUCGAGGACAGCAUCUAUUGGACAGAUUGGGAUAAACAGACCGUCUUCAAGGCGAACAAAUUCAAUGGUGAAGGUGUGAAACCCAUAACCGCCCUGCAUAUGCUUCAACAUCCCAUGGUUAUUCACGUCUAUCAUCCCUACCGCCAGCCCGAUGGUGUCAAUCACUGUCAGGCUGUUAACGGACACUGUUCGCAUCUAUGCCUGCCGGCGCCGCGCAUCAAUGAGCGCAGUCCACGCAUCUCGUGUGCCUGUCCCACGGGUCUCAAGCUCAUGGAAGACAGACUGAUGUGUGUUGAAGAUCCGGCAUUAAAAACCCCUAAAGCCACCACAACCAAACCAAAGAUGAACUUUAAUGUAACCACAUCCUCGCCAGUGUCAUCAACAUCAUCUGAUCUCAAACUACCUCAGCAAGAGGCCGCAGCUGGCCUAUCAGGCAGUGAGGUUUCCAAACAUCCCACCGGAAAUGGUACUCACAACAGUGAUGGCAGUGUCAUAUCAACAACAACACAGCCGGAUUCGGGCUAUAUAGCGUUAAUUGUGAUAGGAAGUUUAUUGGUCACCUCGCUGGUUUUGGGAGUGCUCCUGUAUUCCGGUUACCGUUACUGCAGUAAGCGUUCCAUUAAUUCCAUGAAUUUCGAGAAUCCUGUCUAUCGCAAAACCACCGAGGAUCAUUUUAGCUUGGAGAAAAAUCCGCCUGUGCGCAUGUACCCCAGUACGGUUGAUGAAGAGUCCAAAGCCCCACUUAAUGGCCAAGGCACUGAGUGUGUUUAACAUGAGCGCCAUAGUUUUGCAUGCCAAAUAGCAGAAAAAGAAAGCAAAGACAAAAGAAAUCAUGAAAAAUUCACAAACUAAAAAAAAAAAAUUCAAGCAAUUGAUUUCAAGAAAUUUAGACAAAAGACUUAAUAGAACAUACCGUAAAAAGACAAAACUAUACGACAACAAAAUACCACAAAA